CAUUCUUAGCGCUCCUGCCCUCGCCCUGAACACUGUGUGUGUUUUCGAGCAUGAUGCUCGGAGUUUCACCCAUGAUUUCACCGCUUAGCGGCGAAAGAAGCGAAGCUGGGAAGUUGUGGUAUAUAUGUGCGUUUGCUGGAAUGCACCAUAUAUUCCUUUGGCGUUCGGCGUUCUUUGAUUUUUUUUAAAAGAUAUUGUACAUUGUACACUUCCAGAGGCCUUUGCUGAAGUUUUGACACUUUGACCUGGUCAGCGUGUUGCGUUGCAGACUGCGUGGCUCCAGCUAUCGCAGUGCAUGCUACAGCUGGAGCUGUGUGGAGCCACUCCAUACCGGAUCCCACGGUAUGGGAAUCUUCAAAAGACUCUUUGGUGGAUUUGGAUCCAAGAAGAAGGUUCGCAUCGUUGUGGUUGGCCUUGACAAUAGCGGCAAAACUACGGUCCUCAAUGCUCUGAAGCCAAAGAAAGCCUCUUUGGAAACUGUUCCCACUGUUGGUUUCUCGACGGAGGAAUUCCAGAAGCAUGGAGUGAACUUCAGCGCCAUCGAUAUGUCUGGACAAAGCCGAUAUCGGAAUCUCUGGGAGCACUACUACGGCGAAGUGGAGGGCAUCAUCGUGGUCAUUGACUCCACCGAUAAGCUUCGGUUUGCGGUUGUCAAGGAUGAGCUGGAGACAAUGCUGGCCGACCCAAGAAUAACAGAGAAAAAAAUGCCAAUCCUGUUUCUGAACAACAAAGUUGAUCAGCCAUUAGCCUCACCUCCACAAGAGACAAUGCAGGCGCUAGGCCUGGAUCGGAUCACUGAUCGGCCAUGGCAAAUGUUCUCUUGUGAUGCGCUUAAGGGCGAUGGUGUCGAGGAGGCGAUCAAAUGGCUAGCAGACAACAUGAACAAAUGAAGUCAAGCAGCCCUGCACGACUGCCAUGGAGAGACCCAAUGGGGUUUGCUUCAGUGUCACAGCAUGAGUUACCCAGGUAGGAGAUUGGAGACUGCACGAAGUGAACGACCAGUGGAAUAAUUUUCCACUCUAUUCCAAGUAUUUGGAAGUGCACAAAAGACUUGCGAGCUAGCGAACAAUCC